UGGAACGUAUAUGCGAAGGCCUGUGAUAUCGGCUUUGAACACUCAGAUAUAAACAGUACUUACAGUAUUGACGGUACUCGACAUCAGAUUAAGAAUGGCUGGUAUGUAUUGAUAUUAAAAUGUUUAUUAAUGAAUUCCCCAUCCUAAUUCGUUAAUAGUGGUCUUCAUUAAGGUAUUUAUAUUGCUUACCGGCAGAGGAUGAACAAGCUUCCGUUGGUAGGGAAUAAGGAUGCAGCUACCUAAAAAUAUAAGGAGAAUUUCGACGUUUCAAGCGAAGGCCCUUCGUGUAGCGUUUACGAAAAUAGUUCACAGUCUUUACAGAUGUUACGGAUAUUCAUUCUACUCGCUCGUUCCUCAUAAAGUCUUAGAAUUAUGAGUAAUUCUAGAAAAAGAUGUUGCAAUACGUAAUGGCUAAUGCAAUUAAGUAAUCUACGCUUCGAGUCUGCUUUGAAAUUCGCAGUCGAUUCAAUCUAAAUUUGCCACAACAAGGGGGGCCCAACUAGUAGCUAGUAAAAGAUUAAAAGGUUUAUAAUUAAUUAAGAAAUUAAUUGAUAAGAUGUUUAAUAUGCUGAUAGCUAUAAAGUAUAGAUUGCCAAAUAGGCAACUGAAAUAUUUAUAUUUAUCGCGGUAUAUAUGUCAAAAACAACAGGGGGUAAGUUGUGUAAACUCUGAAAGACCUAAAAUCUGUACUUAUCUACCCCCUUUUUUGUUUUCAAUACGUAUUGGAAAUGGAUGAUCCUUCUGGACCAACUUGGAGAAAGUCAUGAAGAUCAUCCGUCAAGCUAGGCGAUCUAUCUGCAUAGUUCGUCUACAGACUCUACGCAAACAAAUUUCCAUGACCGUACCAUGUAUCAAACCAAUUAAUAUUGUCAGGACUACCGAUGCUUUGCUAAGUCUAAGACCUUAUUCAUAAAUCGGGGCCACGUGUCCCAGGAAAUGGGAAUUAGCUUUAAUUAAACUCGGGAAAACAAGCGAAAGCUGCUUGACAAACCAAAUGGACCUAAUUUCCCCUUAUAACUAAAAUUUUGAUCAAGACAAGUCUAGACAAAAAAAUCAUCACAGCUUGAUAGAGCAUCACAAAAUUAGUAAUAUUCCAAGUUUCUUUGCGAAAUGUUGUAAAAUGCGGAUAAUAUAGCCUUGCGAAAUUUGCAAUUUUCAGUCAUUUUGUAUUACAAACGGCCAGUGAAACGGGUAAUUGAUGCCCCAACACCCGAUUGGGCUGUCAAUUUCUCAUGCGUAAUACAAAUUGACUGAAAACGGAAAACUUCCCAAGCCUAUAUUAUCCGCAUUUUACAACAUUUCGCAACGAAACUUUGGAAUAUUACUAAUUUUGUGAUGCUCUUUCAAGCUGUGGUGAAAUUUUUGUCUAGAUUAAAAUUUUAGUUAUAAGGGGAAAGGUCCAUUCAGACGCCAUUGGCAUUUUGUCGACUUUGACCGCUUGUUUCUUGUUGCUUAUUUCGAUUUGUAACGAUUUUUGAGUGUAUUUGAAGAUUUUGUGCCCACAGCGAAAGCUAUAAAUUUUUUACGACUAUAUUGUAAAAACGACCUGUUUUUCUCCCGUUUUUUGUGUGGAAAAUAUGACAACGUAGCGAUGGUCACGUAGGAUAAGUGGUCUAACCCACUAGUGGUCUAACCCCACUCAGCUAUAUUUUUACACUCAGUGUCUGACCCCAGUAUAAUUUUUAUCUCAUUCUGUGUAGAUUUUGCAGCAAAUAUUGCCUUUUAAGUCGUGUAACGUUAUGUCUCGUAUUUUAAUAAAUGCUUAAUAUUUGCAGAAAAUGUAGACUGGAAAAAUAGUCUUACAAAAAAGGCAACAAAUGAACCAUCAGGUUUGUGAAUUUAUGUAGACGUGUCUCUAAUGCCCAUUUAAUUCAUUUUUGUUGUUCUUUUAUCAAAAAGGGUAGCUAGAGCUGCACGAGGCGAUUCACUAUAGCAUAGCUUAUUGAAAAAAAGAUGGCUGUGAAACUCAUUACUCAUUAGACUGAAAACGGUGUUCUGUUCAGAAAUAACUUGAAAUAACCCAUUGGAAUGGGUUUUCAAAAUGACUAUCUCCUUUACGAAAGUUAUUUUUGCCAUUUUUAAACUGGAUAUUAAAUUUUUUUGCAAACUUUAUUGAAAAAAAAAAACAAUUCAAUGACAAUGACUCGCACUCAUUUUCGUACCCCCCGCAACCGCCCAGAAGUCUGGAGCGAGUCAAAAUGCCCUUUGAAAUCCGCCAUUUUGUGGAGACAAAUUUUCACUGAGAAAGGAUCACUGGAAAAAAUAGGAGUACGCAUUCUAUGAUUCUAUAUCUAUUAUUACAGGCUUAAUUUUCUCUCUUCUAGAAGAAAAAAAAAUAACAGGGAAAAGCCUGGGAAGGAGAUUGGCUUAUUUUGGGCUUGCGAGCUCACAGUAAUUCCCGACCGCCUUCCUUAGGCCUCGCUGCAGAUUUUAUACGACUCAUGCAGGAAAAUCACAUGCAAGUGAAAAGUAAAUUUAGAGACUUUGAAAUAACAAGCCUACCAGCAUUGGUAUUUUGGUUAGAGUACAGAUUUAAAACUCUAAAUCCGUGACAUGGACAGUUUUAAUAGUUUUUCUAAACUUUCAUCUCUCAUUUAAAACGUUUGUCUUUUUUGUUUAAUCAGGAUAAAACUCUAAAAGGUUAUAAAAAUGGUAAAAUUUUAAGAAUGUUUAUCAAGCUUCCUAUACGGCCCUGCGAUGAGCCCUGUUAUAUUUAUACCAUUUUCCUCCUGUAGAAAACCCUUUGCAAGAAUCUGAAUACACUGGAUCUUCCUACAAAGAUGAUAAUCAUGCACAUUCUGUUGUCACGGGCAUGCAGAGAUUGGAAUUCGAGCGGCGAGAUAAUAAUGGUAUAUGUUGAUUUAUUAGCAAACAUAUUUAGUGGAAAUUUUAAGCGUUUCCAUACCAUUUAUGAGUAUUGUAACACCUUUUUUCAAACAUAGUCAUGCGGCGAAAAGUAAGGUUAUGAAGUUUGGAAGAAAAGUCAUUACAAAUUCAGAUAUUACAACAAAUGCACGCGCUAAUCAAGCACUCACACGUGACUGUUUUACAAGACAAAAACGAAUAUCAUUUGCUGCUACACACGCAAAAAUCUCACAUCUUGUAGCAAGUCUGCCAACAAGCCGUCAACAAGUUGUCUUCACACUGCUUGUCCCAAGUUGUCAACAAGUUUGGAACAAGCUGUUAACAAUUUGUAACAACCCUGUUGAUAUUUUUAGGCUUGCUGCAAGGUUGUUUCAACAAGUCCGAUACAGUCAUGAUAUAGCAGUAUUGUUACAACCUAAUUGUGUCGUCAACCUUGUAACAUUCUUGUUAUAUCAUGACUGCAUUAGACUUGUUAGAGCAACCUUGUGACAAGUCUGAUAAUGCUACCAAGCUUGUUACAAUUGGUUAAAACCUUGUUUCAAACUUGUUACAACAACUGGGAACAAGCAGUGCGAAGACAACUUGUCGACAGCUUGUGAACAGAUUUGUAACAACUUGUUUGCAGACCUGUAACAACUUGUGCGUUUUUACGUGUGUACUUCGCAAUGGCAUAGUUAUGAAGGUCAUUCAUUCAUUCAAAGCGGUACAAACACGUUAUAUAAUUAAGCCUGUGAGUCGCGACUCUUAGGUUUUUUUAUUCUGACUGGCUAACGCCAGACCAUCUUACUCAUUAAGGGUCGCCACGAUCACCCGACAAUUUAAGAAACAGAUUCCAAGGAAAACAGACAUUUUGAGACUGCAUGCGGCAUUGGAGGAAAUUUUGUACAAAACACCAAUUUACAAGAAUCAAUAACAUUUGCGGAUUUUCACUUAUUAGCAGGAGGCAAAGGCGGAGCACUGUCAACACCAGGCGAUGGACAGGAGUUGUGCCAAAAAAAGUAUUUGAAGAUAUUUGACAUCAACUCCGAAGUGUUUAUCAAAGCUUGUAACUUGCUCAGGAUUCAUCAAGUACAGGGUCGGGGUUGGCAAGGUUUAGCUGGAAGGCUUGGUUAUAAUGUAGAACAGGUUCUGGUAAGAAAUGGGAAACAUUUUUAUAUUUAUUACAGAAAGGCGGCAUGAAAGAACCAGUUUGCUCAACUAUAGCCUAUCGAAGGGAAGAUGGCUGUGAAACUCAUUAGAAUAACAAUAUAACCCAUUAUCUAUGUUAGUCAACGUUUAUUCAUAAAUCUGGUCCUUCACCGUCACGUGUGUAUUAUAUUUUUGCCAAAUCCACCAAUAGCAAUUUCCGAUUUCCUUAAUGUUCGAGUCACGGAAGGGUAACUUCUAAAACAUUGAUAUUGCAUGGUUAGUUGGGCAAAAAUACAAUACACACGUGACGGCGAAGGAUUCGAUUUAUGAAUAAACGUUAACUAACAUAGAUCUGAAUGAGCUAUAUUGUUAUUCUAAUGAGUUUCAUAGCCCUCUUCCCUUCGAUAGGCUAUGGAUCACGAUCAGGGGGAGCAUCCAUAUUCAGCUUGCCACGAGAAACGUCAAUUUGACGUUUCUUUCUCAUACCCACCCACCCUAGAAACGACAAUCUGUGGCAAAAAAAAACAAGUGUGAAUGCUCAAAAAUACUUGUAUUAACAAAAAUAACAAAUAAACUAUAAAGCCUUGAUUUACCGUCUGGCAAAGUAAGAAAGUUUGUUUGUUUUGCAUAUUUUCCUUGACUAGGGAAAGUAUUGUACAGGUUCGUGUUUUUAAAUUACGUAUUAGGUUACAAAUAGAAUUUUGUCCCUCCACUUUUUUUAAAAAUGAAAAAGUGCCCUUUUUUCUGGGCUAAAGUGCCCCAUUUACCGAACGAAAAAAGUAUUUCUUGAAUAAACGCCCUCUUUUGCUGGAAAGAAAGUGCCCUUUUGGCAGUAGUAAAGACUCUAUCGUUCGGCUCGUGAACGACCGCAUAAAAUAGUUUGAUUUUGAUCAUAUACAAAAGUGCCUCUUUUGGCCAAUGCCCCUCCACUUUCGAAAUGCUUCCGCCGAGGCGGCGAGGCCGGUUCCUUGGGCUUCUUGUGGAGUCAGUCCACACUUGCACAAAUGCUUUUCGUCAUCAAGGCUUUUACAUCGGAUCCGAAAUCGAUUCAGAGCCGUAUCGGGAUGUGACCGAUUCGAGAUGUCGAUCUAAACUAGAUCACCUCCAGAGGUGGUCUCGGAUCAGUUCACGUUUUAAAACCAAGCUAAUUUCUUGCUUACCAGCCUGGGGCCGGUUGUAUAAAUAAGUGAUUAAAGUUAACUGCAAUUAGUGGAAACGUCAUCCAAUACACCCUUUUCAUAAAUGGCUGCCGAUUAAAAAUUCUUUUAUGUGCAUAUAAAUUGGCCCAACUAGCCUCGUACUCAUGUUAAAAUUUCAAAGGAAUUUCUACCCAGAAACGAGGCUAGUCGGGCCAAUUUAUAUGCACAUAAAAGAAUUUUUAAUCGGCAGCCAUUUAUGAAAAAAGUGUAUAAGAAGCGCGUAUUUGAGAGUUAAUCACUAUUUAACUACAAAAUAGUGAUUAAAAAAGUGAUUAAAAGUUUUAUACAACCGGCCUCUGGCAUUUCCCCCCGCUUAUUAAUUAACAAUUAUUCGCCGAAGGCGAGGUGAUUAUCGGUGAAUAAAAACCGAGACGAAGUCGAGGUUUUUAUUCACGAUAAUCACCGAGCCUGAGGUGAAUAAUUGUUUUAGUAUAAUUUCAUAGGUGAUUAUUUGGAAAAGAAUAAGAAAUACACAUUUCUUCGUCAUUUAAUUGACAAAACGGCUUCGGCCGCCAUUUUGAAAAUCGCUUAGCCUUAGGUCAUUAUCGCGUUAUAAUCACCUCAACGGCAACCAAUCAGCAUGGAGAAUUUUCAAUAAUCACCUAUGUAAUUAUACUAAUGAUAGUUAAUUCGGUUGAUUCAUUCACGUGUUAGUUGUUACCGAGUCAGAGAAUUCACGUUUCAUCACUGCUGUUUUACCUUCAUUUAAGAUAUUCGAGACCGAGACCAAUGGUGCCAAAAGUAUGUUAUGCGACUGGAAUAACGACAGAAAUAAUUAUCUCGAGAAACUUGUAAAGGAACUCCGUGAAUUGAGAAGGGCUGACGUGGCUGAGUUACUUCAGAAAGAAAUAGAUAAAAAAGGAGAAAGUUGCAAUUGCCCAAAUUGUGGACACAUUGUUUAGAUAUCUUUUGAUAUUCACUGCAAUGUUACAAUCUUGGACAAAACCCUUGAGACCAUUCCAGCCAACAUUACAAAGUUAUUGAACAUUGACAAAAUAAACUUUGUCUCCCCCCCCCCCAGUUCAAUGUCGUGAACAACGCCGAAACAACUUUUGGUAAUAUACCAUGACACAAGCUCAAUAUUGAGUUGGGAGUGCAGGGGCUUAAGAAGGGCAACAUGAUUCAACAUAGAGUUUAUCAUAAAAAUAUGCUAAUUUUGUUGGGGGGGGGGGGUCUCAACCCGUUAUGUAUAGGAUUGUAGAUUUUCCAGUGAUUUUUUAAUACAACCAAUGGCAAACACGAGGAGGGGAGCGCCAUGCCCCCCCCCCCAAUUAAAUAACUGUGUAACAAACCUGCAAUAAUGAUUUUUGAAUAUGGAAAUUUGAUAUGGUUGUGUAAACUGAAGAGCGGAGACCUAUAUAUAAUGUAGUUUAAAUUCAAAUUCAUUGUCAUGCUAUAUUUUCCUGUAAUUUUUAAAUCCAACAUACUUCCACACAACUUCAACAAAUUGAUGUAUAAUCUUUUGCAGUCUAUAGAGCGUUUCCACUCAUUCCCCAGGGACCAACUCAACAAAAGCCAUGGCGGCCAUGUUGGUGUUCCAGACAAAAGAGUCGAAUUAAAAUUAUUUUGAAUUGGAACACCAACAUGGCGGCUGUGACGUCAUGUGAAAACGCUGUAUAGUUCUUUUUUUGUAAUAUAUUGUUGUAAAUGUAUAAAUGCACUGAUUAUAAACCUUUCUGAACGCCGACUACUUGUCAGUGGAAAGUUAUUGGACUGAAAAAAUUCAAUCACAUCGAGCACAUUUCGCUGUCACCUUUAAAGUCCAAGCACACCAGACGCGAUUCGACAGCGCGACGCGAUUUUUUAGUUUUUGAAAGUUAAUAAAACAGCCAAUGAGAGCAAAUUUUAAAAGAUAGUAGAGCAAAUAACUCAAAAUGUUAUAACGCUUCUAAAUGUUUGGAAAAUUCAGUAAACUAGGAUCAAAGUUAUCGGUCAAUGAAAAUCGAAAAAUCGCGUCGCGCUGUCGAAUCGCGUCCGGACCUUUAAAUACUAACUUCUUUUCGUCCUCGUAUAUAGUCAAACCCUUUCUAAAGGUUUAAGUGGUUAGUGUUAUAGUAGUUUAAUACAGGGUAGCCGCCUAAGGUGCGAUAAUUCGCUUGUUCGCGUACUUGCGUAUCGGUGCAGCUAACUCAAUAUUAUACGUUCUCCUACUUCUUUAUAUUAGAAAGGUGCAGAUUUUGACUUCCCCUACGGCGCCUCUGCUACGGCGCUAUGCCAUUAACCAAUCGGAUGAGUUUAAUCUACCUAAUUAAUUAGUUUGGUCACUCGCUCCAUUUCGGCCGCUAUAUUGUUUCUUGGUAUCUGAUGUCACAAGAAGACUCU